UUAAUAAAGCAUUCACACUCGCUCAUGAAGUGUUUGUCUAUGUGUGUGUAGCAUCAGUGAGAAACAGUCAUGAAGAUCUGUUUAUAUCUUCUCUUUAUGCUUCACUUCACUGCAGGUUGUAUUGAUCGAGGUACAGAAGAGCUCACAGGAUACACUGGUGGUUCACUGCUGCUGCCCUGUACCUGCACAGACACACAGUCUACAGUUAAGAAAUUGACAUGGCUUUAUCUGCAAGAACAGACGUGGAGCGAUGUAUUUCAAAAUGAAAACUACAAAGGCAGACUGAAGCUGUUAAAUGAAAGUUCAUCUACAAAUCUCUCUCUUCUCAUUUCUGACCUGAGAAAGCAGGAUGAAGGCGUCUAUAGGUGUGAGAUUUAUAGUCAAAACAGAGCCAACCCUGAAUACAGAGACAUUAAGAUAACAAUAAAAGGUUGUGAACUGGUUAAUAAUAGACGGACAGUUGAAGUGAUUGGACGUUCAGGAGAGUCUGUAGUUCUGCCCUGCUACUGUAAAGAGCUAAAGGCUAAACCUCAACAACUUACAUGGACUUAUAGUUCAUUAACACAAUCCAAUACAACACCUGAAGAAAUUUACCCAAGUGAGCAGAGUCAUACACUGUAA